GCGCGCGGCCAGCUCAGCUCCGGCCCGCCGCACGCAGAAGCCGCUGGGCACCCUAGUGAGCGCGGGCCGGGGGCUGGCGCCCGGGUCCCGGGAGGACGGCCAGGAGCUUCGCCCCUAGAGUCGUUCUGUGGCCCACGAACGGCGAGGGCGAAGGUGAGGCAGAGCGGGGCCGAAACCAUGAACCGUAGUUUCCACAAGUCUCAGACCCUGCGCUUCUACGACUGCAGCGCGGUGGAAGUCAAGAGCAAGUUUGGGGCUGAAUUCCGGAGGUUCUCCUUGAACCGUCAUAAGCCUGGGAAGUUUGAAGAUUUCUACCAGCUGGUUGUGCAUACCCAUCACAUCUCCAACACUGAGGUGACCAUUGGCUAUGCAGAUGUGCACGGUGAUCUGCUACCUAUCAACAACGAUGACAAUUUCUGCAAAGCAGUCUCGAGUGCAAAUCCUCUGCUCAGAGUCUUCAUCCAGAAACGAGAAGAGGCAGACCACUACAGCUUUGGGGCAGGCACUCUGUCAAGGAAGAAGAAAGUGCUGGUGACACUGAGGGAUGAGGGUCUACGCCGGCGUGCACACCUUGACAUCAGCAUGCCACAUGACUUCCGCCCAGUGUCCUCCAUCAUUGACGUGGACAUUCUCCCUGAGACACACCGCCGAGUGAGGCUCUACAGACAUGGCUGUGAGAAGCCACUGGGCUUCUACAUCCGAGAUGGCACCAGUGUGCGGGUGACACCCCAUGGGCUGGAGAAAGUUCCAGGCAUUUUCAUUUCCCGUAUGGUACCUGGGGGUCUGGCAGAGAGCACUGGGCUCCUGGCUGUGAAUGAUGAAGUCUUGGAGGUAAAUGGGAUUGAGGUGGCUGGGAAGACGCUGGAUCAAGUUACAGAUAUGAUGAUUGCCAACAGUCACAACCUCAUUGUCACUGUCAAGCCUGCUAACCAGAGGAACAACGUUGUCCGCAGCAGCCGCACAUCUGGCAGCUCUGGCCAGUCCACAGACAGCACGGCUAGCCACCACAGCCUGUCAGCUGCUCAUGUCCUGCAGAACUUCCACCUCGAAGAGAUGGAAAGUGAUGAGGAAGCCGACAUUGUCAUCGAAGGGGCUCUGGAACCUCAACACAUUCCCAAGUCACAGGGCAUUCCUGCAGGCAGCCUCUCCCGAGCCAAUGGCACCAGUCUUGCUCACAGUCUACAACGGGACUUGGGUCUGCACAACUCCGGGCGGGAGAGCAAUGGCAGCAUUCACAAACUUCUCAGCUCCUUGAAGCCAGAUCCCCGUCAUACCCUGGUCCUCCCUCAGGGAGGAGUAGAAGAGCAUGGACCAGCUGUCACUCUGUAGGACUCAUUCCUCUGGGGUAGGCUGUAAGACCCAUGGUUGAGGGGAGCUGGUGACCCUCAGAUAUAUAGCAAUUACAGCAGUAAGUUUCCAAAGGGAAAUAUUUUAAAUGUUAUCAAGUUUUAAAUAAUUGUGUACAUUGUACCCUCUUUUUGUUUAUCAUUCCUACAACUUUAUUUCACCUUUUAGACAGGAACUAAAAAAUACUGUAUUUUUAUAGGAUUUCUCCAAAGAAUCUAAAAUACACAAACAUGCACAAGCCUAAACGCAUGCCCCAGAACCCUUGCAAAGUGAAAGACCUAAGGGCAGAAAAUAUUUUUAAACUGUAAAAGUACUUUUUAAAAAAAAUAAUAAAAUUCAUGUUUUUUAACUUGUGCAACAACACUAUGAUGCUGGAGCUCUAUGAUGACCAGUAGCACUAUGAUGACCAGUAGCAUGGCUGUGACAAGACAGAGACUUUCCAAGGACAGGUGCAGCCCUGCCCAGGACAGGUGAGACCAUCACAGGAUUUCAUUGUUCAUAGUGUUUACAGCCAGUUCAUAAAGGCUGGUGGGCAUUAGUUGAGAAUCACUGUCGGCACAGCUCUUUGCAGCUGUGGAACUGUCCUGCCAUGAGCCUGUAACACUGUCCUGCAUCCGGCUUCUGCCUCCUAACGUCAGUGCAGGAAGCCAGGGACACUGCUAGCUGGAAGGUGGAGUCAUCAAUGCCAUGUGUGAUUAAAGACUAGUAUCUGUUCUGAAGCAUUUCAGUUAUCCUUGGAUCAGCUGGCUCUGGCACACUUUUUAAGAUGUUUUCAGCAAAAAUGAGAGCGGGCACUCUGAAACCUCUGUGAUCACUCAAGUGGGUGCUUUAAUCUUACUUUUAGAACAGCUGGUUCUUUUAAAGUCAUUGUUACUCCAUGCUAGCUUCCCUUCCUAGCAUAGUGAUCAGUGGGCAAAAGUUCUUUGAACUGUAAAGUCACAUGGAACGUGAUAGAUUUCAACAAAUGUUAAAUUCAUUGUCACUUUUAUUUGACCUUAGAAUGUUUAUUCUUCACUCAACUAGUUGUGAUUAAGUGUGUCUUCCUCCUGAAUACAAUGUCAGGAAGAAAAAGUCACAAUAAUUCCUUAAGAACAAACUGGCUGAAUUAAUCCUUGGUGUAAAUACAGGUAAAAGUAUGUUCCAGGUUUUUCUGGCAAGUAGACCUACCUGUUGCUUAUGGUCCAGCACCCCCUGCUGGUCAGUGGCAGAAAUGUCCUAAUUUCAUGAUUAUGUCAGCCAUAAACUACAUAUCUCCUUGUCUUUUGUCUUGAAUUCAUUAAGUAAAAAGAACAUUAUUUUCCUUUUAGGAAUUAUUGACCAGAAGUAGCUUUUGCUGAGAAAUUUUUCCUGGGCCUCUGUCUGAGUUCCUUGUUUGUGUACAUAAGAUUCCUGCCUGUUCCUGACAGCAGGGAGCAAGAUGCUCCACAAUGAAGUUUCAGUAAGGGUCCGGAUCUCCAGAUAUCUGAUCUUUGAAGAACUGCAAGAGCAUUUCAUUUGUUCUUGUGAUAGUUAUAAGCAACUUUUCACUAAGUGAGCAUUACGUAACUUGAACUCUGAUGUUCACUUGCUAUCAGAAAGAAAUGUUCCAAUCUAAGGUAUUGCUGGUUGAAUAUCUGUUGUAUUAACUGAGUUUGCUACCAAGAAAAGUUACAUUUCUUACCACGUUUUAAGUUUUUCAGCAACUGUGAAUUUUUUUUUUAAGGAGAAAAUAAGAGGCUUAUUCUGAGCUUUGUAUGCUGUUGCUUAUAAUUGUAGGAAUUAUAGGCUGCUUGA